UAGAAAUAGUUCAUACAUAUGUAAGCUUUAUUGGACACUUGACUGUAUUUUACAAGACAUUCGAUGUAAGGUUGACAUUUUGGCCCGGCCGGCGGCGGCACUAACUUUGUAAUAUGGUUUAGAACUUUCAUUACGCCUCCGGGAUUAAAAAUCUCGCAACCCGUAGGCAAGGACAUUAUAGCAAGCAAUUUGGUCUAAAAGUAAUUUUAAAAGUUUAUUGCUUGUAAAUAUCAGGUUCUCUUAUUUCAUGGGCCAUAGACGUGGCCUAUCUCAAUCGGAGGGAUGGAAUUAGGGGAUUUUUCAAAGGAGAAUUCGUAGUACCUAGUUAAGGAUGUGAAAUGUAGGAAGGAGGCGUCGUCGGUCAAUACUGGAGGUGGUGCGGUGCGGGCGCGGUGCGCAGGCGUGGUCCCCCGUCCCCGCCGCGGCUGCCAGCCCACUCACGCAACUCGCGACUCAGCCGCCGUGCGCUGCGAUCGCGCGCGUGAGAGCUUUCGUCGCCGCUCUGGCCAUGUGUGAUGUUUUCAUCACAGAGAGAAUCGUCGUCUAGUUUCCGCACUCGUUAUUUUGCAAGAUGAAUGAGUAAGAGUCUAGGAGACAGCGGUUAACGCAGGACAGUUUCGUUCGAAAUCCUGAAGGACAGCUUUCGCCAAGUGUCUAGUUUUUCUCGUAAGCUCGUGGCCGUUGACACUGCAGCGUGCGGAUCCCGCAGUGCGCGAGUGUGUGGUUAAUUGGCGAACAUAAUAGACGAAGACGUCAGCUGAGUCGCGUAAACAUUGGCUACAUAGUUGACUGACAGGACUGUUGACGAUGGCUCCGGUAAACACACGCGCGUAAACGUUCCACGCUGUUCCUGUAAGCAUUCCGUCAUGCGGCGUUUAAUUUUGCUGUUCCUACUAACAGGGACGGUGCUCGGAGUCGAAGUGCAUUUCGAAAAUAAGGAUAGUGGAUUUUUUCUAAAACAUACGGCGAGAUGGAGCGGCGCCGGUCCACCGCCAGAACCCAUGGGCACGGCGCUCCCCGGGGCCUUGUUAUCACUUGACCGAUUUACCGUACUACAAGGCUCAGCGCCAGCGUCAGUAAGGGCCACAUAUGGACCCUUCUCUACAAAACAGACGGUGCCAGCGCGAUACGCUGUGCCCGAUCCUCUAGAGCCACCAAGGAGAAAUGCGACUUAUACAGAGUUGCAAGACGCGACUUCACACCGCCUGGAUGUGUCUGCACAUUUAGUUUUCCGUGAGCUUCCUCGAGAUGCUCCUGUAUUACGUGUGCUUUUUCACACCGGUGGCGAAGGUGGCGCCAGACGCGCUGCGACGCGACCCCGUCGAGUGUGCAUAACGUUACAUGCAAGUUACGGUUCACGAACUUUAACUGCAACUUGCGGCCCGGAAGGCGAGGAGGGGGCUUGCUUAGCUGAGUUAACGGUACCAGCUGCAUGGUGGCCGGCAGAUGGAAAAGGCAAGCGACCGCCAAGGACCGUGCGACUAGCUUACAGCGCGGCUGAAGCCGGCAGUGGAGAGACUGGAGAAGGUGCUUGUGGCCGAGUAUCCGUGCAACCAGCGUGGCCGUUAGGCUCUGUGACGUUAGCUGGCGCUCGCGCUGGGUACAGGGAAGCUAGGGCUGGCGAUGCCGCACUACUCUUACCUCGAGCCCCACUGUACCCUCACUCUCGUCUGCAUUUACCUUUCGUAGUGCGACGCGACACCAGCCAUUCUAUCUCUCACGUUGUUAUAAGAAUGAAGGUGAAGUCUGGCUUGAGGCUUGUCAGCGUAACUGCUGCCAACUCCAGGUGGGCUGUGACAGCCGAAGUGAAACCACGAGCCGCCACCGUCACAGCCACGAGGCUCGAACAACCGCUACGGGACGACGAAACACCUGACACGGAUUCGGAGGAGAGCAGUGGUGUUGGCGAGCCUGGUUGGGAGGAGAUCCUCACUUGGCUGGUUGAAGUGGGAGCUGAGGGCGAAGGCGAUGGUGAGGGUUCUGAAGGCGAGUCGGGACGAGGAACUGCCCGCAUCAGCUGGUCUGCCAAAGUGUCUUCUGCACCUACUACUACGUCGACAACAGAAGAACCGCCUCACGAACACAGAGUUAGCACAAGACUGGACAUCGAAAAGGACGACAUUCAAGCCGUAUUACCUAUCUCCAAGAACUGGGAAGUACUAAAUACGGCAGUACUGACAGGCCGUCAAGUGUCCCAAGCGAUGAAGGUGCUGAUUGUGUCGCAAGCGGGACAGGUCGCUGACGUCACACUGCAGAGCUCCUGUCACUCUGAAGACGAGAGCGUGCUUAAGGUAUCAUCAUCAUGCAGCUCGGUAUACGUCGACGGGUCAGAGAUCCGUGGUUCCUCGAACGCUUCAGUGAUCGUUAAGUACGGGACCUACACCGGCCUGGCUCGCUUCACCGUCUGGAUGCCUGAAUACCCCUUGGAGAUCGACGUCGAUGACAAUCGUUUGUCACAGAUCAAAGGUUGGAAAGUCCCCGAUGACGCGAACACGAAGGAUAGGGCCAAGCGCUCGCUGUCUGCCAGGGGUUGGGGCGGCGCCAGGCCCGACAACACUAACUCCUUGUCCGAGCAGCGAUCGUGCAGGCUCAGAUACCAACAAAGUAACGUUGAGGUGUACGCGCGAUUUCUCGCUAAGGACCAUGACUCGGGUCGCGUAUCGUACUUCGUGUCUCGCCGCACUUGGCUGAAGGUGACCGAGCUGGUGCUCACUCGCGUGUCCGAUCCACGCAUUGCGACGCUGCGCGGGCGCGUGCUCCAAGGACGCAGUACGGGACGCACUGAGGUGCAAGUCCUAUCUCCUAUUACAGGACGCGUAAUUGGUCUGCGUGAAGUUCGCGUUGGAAAUGACAAAGUUUCGAUAUCACGACUGCUGGUCCGUGUGAUUUCGGGACUUCAGCUAAAUAUAUCUCCGGACACCGCCAUUGAGAAUGGAUACGUAUCAGAAACUACGGUUACGAGGCGUCUAACAGCGCAGUACCAGGAGGGCUUACUGGACAUAGACCUAGACUUCUCAGACGGCAGUCACACCGCCUUACGCGACGUGGCUGUAGCAGACUACUCCCUGGUGGUGGAGAGCCUCGACCCUGAAGUCGUGGCUUCUGCUCCCAUGCAUGCGUCCAGGCAUCCUCGCGUCAUCGCCGUUGGAGAAGGUAGCGGCGAACUGCUCCGAGUAACAAUACUAACGCCGGAACAAUGCCGCACCGGUCCUCUCCGUCGAGUUGCAUUACCUGGCAAAGGCGAUGCGAAGACACCAGCUAACAUCAAGAACAUUCCCGGGGCUAUAGCUACUGCCGCUGCUGGUGUUGAUGUGGACUUCAGUGGGGGUGAUGCUCCUCAAAGACCGGAUACGCCGCAAAACGAUGAUAUUAUGGCGAGGGGUGGAAUGAGAAGUGGGAUGGCUGAACUUGGAGAUAUUAUUAAAGGUUAUCCAUCGUUCAAGGACGAGAACAACCACGAGCCAACUAUUGCGCAAGCGCAGCAGUACAACUCCAUCUACCGCAACAACCCCGCACCACACUCGCAACACCAAACUGCACAAACUUCUGUCGUUAUCGGUAUCUACGUCGUACUUGGUGCAUUCUGCUUCGCUAUCGUGGUGUUCGUGGUAUCGUGCGUGGUGUACGCGUCUCGGGUGAAGCCUUUAAGUGGCAUUGGCCUGAGGGCCCCGAGCAGUGCGGAAGCUGGCCGCCCAGCGGGAUUGACCGGUGCGACGAGAGGCCUAGCCCGCGCUCAGGACAAGGCCUCUAGGGACUCCACCACUAACGCCCACGACUGGGUCUGGCUUGGCCGGGCGACAAUCGAGAGGAACGGCAACAGGCAUCCAGCGAACCGAAACUCAGCACAGCAGACCGACAACAACACCGAAAUGAGGAUUACCUCGAACCCACUGAACUACAACUACGUGGACCCUGAGGACGCUAUACAUGAGAAUGGGAAUGUUAUGGUGACGAGUUUCGAUAACCCGAACUCUAUUGAACUGCCGUCUCAGAAUGAUAAGAGAGAGAAGGUUAUUGAUACGACGACAUACUGCAAGAAGCCGGCGCGGCAUGCGAGGCAUCACUCGGGAGAUGGACACUGGCAGAUGGACGCUAACAAUCCUGACGACUACCGGCCCCCCGUGCCUCCCCACAGGAACUCGUCAACCCCACAACCACAAGUGCCAGUGCCACCAAGGAACCCAGCCAAAAUUUUGCCCGAGACAGUCAUGCCACCAACACGACGAAAUCAUUCCCGGAAUCAUCAGAAGAAGCAUGACCGUGACUACGAGUCCCGACGAUCUCCAGAAAAUGGCCGCCGCUCAGACCGAAUUAUUGAUUUAAACAAACUGGACGCCCCCUACCUAUUGAACCGAGACAUGAAAGACUACAAACGCGAUUCGAACCCGGCCCCGAACAAAAACGAACUUGAAGAUAAUCCAGUGGAAAAACUGACUGACGAAGGAGAUUGCACACGACUAUUUGAAUUCGACAACGACGCCCCUCUCGUUAUGGAGAACAAGGACUACAGGGAGAUCGUCGGCCUCAACAGAGGCACCGACGACUCACGACGGACAUUCGCUAAACCCGAAAGCCCUGACUACAUGCACGACUCUGGAAUCGGCCUACCAGAAGUACAAAUGAGGCACAAGAAUAGAGCCAAAGAAUCAAAAGAUUUCGUAGAAUACGCCAACAGGAACAAAGGGGGCAACUCCCCAGAGGUGAAGCGCGCCACGAUAGUGGGCAACCCGAUGUUCUCGCGCGGCGAGGAGGCCGCGGUCCGCGACGCCACGGCGGACUCGCUCGGCCUGGACGACCUGCACAUGGACUACGAUCAGAUCAUGCAUUAUUUCCACAACCUCAAGGUAUAAACAGCCUCCACACCGUCCCACAUGCUUCUAGUGUAGUGUUGCUGUGUGCUUGCAUCGAUACCGCUCCGUCACCGGCACGACGCGGUCCUAUCAUGUUGUAUCGUCUCGAUGUUCGAUGUACCUUCUUAUGAACGAUAGAGCCUCAAUUUUGAUGCAUUUAAAAUGAAAUUUAGGAUAAUAUUUUAUAUGAGUACUUACAUUUUAUAUGACUAUACAUAUGAAUGCCGUGCAGUAUUAUAACACUAUUAUAUAUUAUAACUGUUAAGAUUCAUUUUAAGUACCUAUUCAUUACUUCGCAACUUACACCCUGCAGCAAAUUCGAUAUUUCGGGUGAUCGCCUAGACACAACAUUCCACUUGUCACCUCUCUCAAAUCAUUAUUUAUUCUCAUCAAAGUAGUAUGCUAGAAAGCAGCUGACUCUUACCACUAGCAUAGACAGUAGCAUCUAACUUCACGGUAAUAUUUAGACAAUCUUAUGCCCUAUAGAUUUUGCUGCAGAAUACUGACUUUUGUAUUUUAAAAUUUGCAGGAAUCAAACGCCUGAGUAGAGCAGAUCAUUGCAAAGAUCCGGCAGAUAUUGUCUACGUUUAAAUAUCAGCAUAUCAUCAAAGCUCCUCCAAUCGACGUAUACAAUGCCCCCACUGAUACGUCCGGGGCAGCCGGGCUCGAGGAUAGUACCAUUGACACACACAACAACAACAACGCGUGCUCGAACGACGCGCAUAUUUACGAGAACGUAAGCAACGGGAACGCAGUCGCACCCACACAGAUGCUCUGCGACUCAAUCGCUCACAAAAACAAUUUCAUGAAAACACAAUUGAAAUUCUUGUUAGAGCACCUGAGCGAAGCUUACGAAUAAAGUUGUUGACGUCAAUGUAUUACCCUCGAUACAAUAUGUGUCCAAAAGUGGAUCCUUGCAGUGAUCGAAAUCGAAAUAUACAAAUGUAACUGUUUUAUACAUAAUAUUAUCGUUAAACGUAUUUACUCUAGUCAUCUACAAAGCUGCACAUAUUUAAAGUACCUAAUAAUGAUAAUUGUGUGCAUGUAGUUAAUACUCAUAAUAUGUCAAUGAAUAUAAUAAAUUAUAAAUACUAUUACUCACGCGAGGUUUGUCUGUAUAUUGAUAUUAUAUCUCCUUGUGGUAACGGGCUAAUUGCUGUACACUGAAGGCCGUAUAUCCUUGCCUACAAUUCGCGAACCUUAGGAUACGCUAUUGUAAUAUUCCCAUACCAAAUAAAAUAUAAUGUUGCAUUCGUUCUAGAUCUGUAUAUAUUUUUCCACUAGAAGGUAAAAACGCUACCUCACUUAUGUCUUAACUUAGAGCUUAGCUAAUGUACGCAAGUUAAACGUAAAAAAUGCAUUUAUUUUAUAAAUCUCUGGUUGCAAAAUCACUUUCAUUUUCCCGCCUACCGUGUAUUGGAUAAUGAACACAAUAGUUAUAUUAUUAAGACUGCAAAUCGCCAGUUUCUAGGGAAUAUAGUUUGUAAGUAUAGCGUAAGAGAUACAGAACUAGUCAAAUAUAUUAUUCUUAUAAUUAAUAUGAGCUAAUUUAUUUGCUCAAUUCUAAACUACUACACAUUCAGAGAGGGCUUUAUCGUCGACAAAAGUUUAAUCAAAAAUGUCUUUAAUAUUAUAACAAGUAUGGAUUGUAUGGAAUUAUUUAAUUGUAUGUAUGUAAUUGUCAGCCUAAGUAAAUGUAAAAUUAUUUUCGAUGUUUAGAAAAGCACUGAUUUAUUAGUUUAUUUAUAUAACGAUAUCAAUAGAAACUGUUUACUGUAAGGUGUUAAUUAAUCCCGCUGUACCAAUAAUAACAUUUCAAAGUCUGUACUAGCAAACGGUUCGUAGUUGUGAUAAAAUGACUGCCAGGGAUUGAUUUUAUACGCAGUCUAUUUUAUAAAUAAUAAAGCCAUAUCAUAUAUAAAUCUAACGCUUGUAUGAUAUUGUAAACACAUUAUUAAUUUAUUGAAAUGUAAAUUGCAUUUACUUGUAAGAUAGUAUGUUAGGCUUUGUAAAUAUUGUUAUGACGUUAUAUAAUUUAUAGGUACUUAUGUGGUGAGGACAAUGCAGAAUAGAAAUUAUAUGUGGUAGGCGUUGCUUAACAUAAAGGACAGAGUAGAAUUGCACGACAUCACGAGAUGUUACAUGUCUGUUACAAAUGUACACUAAAUAGUAAACGUUUUAUCUUGUAUUGUGUAUUAAUGUGACCUUAAUGUAAUAAUAGACGUGGUCAACAAAAAUGUACUGUUUGAUUUUAGCGAGAGGAUACAUAGAGUGUUGAGGUACAUGUCAGCUUGCACUUUCGUUACUUGUGUACUGUGUUGUAGCCAGCAAAAACUAACAACUGGGACUUUAAAAUACGCCAUAAGUCUCUUUAUAAUGAACCAGCUAUGAACUUAGGUGGUCAAUAGCACAUCACAACUAGGUGUAUAUGUUUUACUUUUUGCUGGUUACAAUAUACCCUCUAAAUACUAAUAGCGUGUUGUUUGGCUUUUGUCGUUAGGUUAGGGACGAGUCAUAAGAUACUAAGUACUCUACGCUGUAGUAUUUGUUACUGUAAAACAUUUGUUUUUGUUGAGUUUUUGCCAUAAUUGUAAGAAAGGAGUUUAAAGAAAUCAUUAUUGCUACGUUCAAUACAUGUAUGCAAACUGAGGCUUGUCACGAAAAUCCUUUCAUGAAAAUCAAAUUUAAUAAACCAUUAUUAAUUACU